CCGAUAGCGUGCUCCUCCUCAUUGCGAACGAGGCUUAAAGCAGCUGGACUGCUGCUGUUGCGUUUCGCGAAUGUUAGUGUGUAUCCUCCCCUCGCUUUCUUUAUGUAUACCGUGAUGAUAUGUUUCACGCAGCAGAGAGCUAGCUGCUAGGCUGCACACAAGGCAAGAGGAGAUGCUCGAUGCAAUUUGCAAGUACAUAAGCAUGUUGUCUGCCAAUGAGGCAGUGUUACGAAAGACGACGACUACGAGAGUUUGCGAACAUAUGAGUAUUAUGUGGGAGCAGUACGUAUAAAGCGCAGUAAUAUAGGACGCAUCGGGAAUAAGAAAGAAGAAAGUUGGUGAACCGUUGUACACAGCAGCACACACGGACUUGAUUGUGACUUGAACUUUUUAUGAACAAAGUCGGAUAUUGCGCGCAGCACGUCCUAACGUUUGUGCAGACAGACCGAUGCUGCUGCACUGCGUUGGUAAUAGGCCCUGCAGAAGUGCGUAACGAGUAUAACAAAUACGUAUGUAAGCUCGAUUAUAAAUGUCAAGCGGUGCACAUUGAUAUUACACCUUGCAAUGGGGGAAGAGGUUGUAGACUCGGAUAAAUUGAGGCCAACCCUCGAGACUUAUAAAAAGCUCUCCAAGGAUGUGUCGAAUCACGAUACCAUUCUCAAGGAUAAAACUGUACUAUCCUACAUAGCCGUUGUAUUGGAGUAUCCAGACACGGAAGUCGUCGAGUUGGCCUUGGAGAUUCUCGAGACGUUCGUGAAAAACGUGGAAAAUUACGGACACAUAACUUCGACCUUUGGCGUUAGGGAGGCUUUGGAAGCAGUCAUCAACAAGUAUAACUUGGAUGAUCCCAAAUUAGCCAAGAGAGCCCAACAGAUUAAAGAUGACAUCGAACGCAUGAAGCCCCCAAUCUAUAACUUACGCAGUAGAAUAAGGAGGGUUGUUGAGCCUAAGAAACUCAAGACUCAUGUCAUUACUCUACACGUUACUGGACUGUUACCUGAAACAAGGACAGAAUUAGAAUAUACAUUAGUUAGGAUCGAAGGGUUGAUAUCACUGGUUGCAGAUGUUGAACACCAAAGAGUCACAAUGAGGACUCUUGCCAGUAUCACUCCUAAACAAAUAGCUGAAGCAAUUGAAGAUAAUAAUCCGACGAUGGAAGCAAGAUUAGUUACUAGAAAUAAGUACAAUCAAGAAUUUUUAGUGAAAUUGGUGAAAAGUGAUUCAGAUGAUACUGAUGACUUGCCAGAGUAUUUACCUGAUGAUGAUGAGCCUGAAGAAGAAAAAGAAGGCAUUAUAUCUUUAUUCACAGGUUUGAAGCAAAGUGCUUCGACACUGUAUAAAAGUACAGCAGAAUUUUUGAGUAAUUCAUUUUAUUGGUGAAACAUGAGUGUGUGUAAUCAUUAUCAUCAUAGCACAUUUGUCAUGUUUGUUAUUAAUUUUGCGCAUUUAAUUUUCUAAUGACAUCCUUCAAUGAGAUUUUUUUGUUUAAUUUGUAGAUAAUUAUAUUAAGAAUGUUUUUGUUGUACAGUAGGAACAAUUUUUCAUUCAAUUCCUUGAACAUUUUACCCUGCGCUUUUAACUCAAGCAGCAAUUGUACAUUUUUUUAACUUAUUUAAAACCAUUGAUCAUCCACAUCUAAGUUUAGCUUCUAAGUAAAUCUUUGGAUUAUUGAAUUUACAAUUGUAUUCAAUGUUGAAAAAUUCUACGUGUAAAUAAUCAUGCAUCGCAACAAUAUGAGAUUGUUUUGUAAAUCAAAAUACAUAUUAUAAAUCAGCCUUGAAAAAAUGAACUAUUGAAAAAUGAUAUUCAUCAAUUUAUUCUACUUAUCACUUACGAGGCUGUGGACAAAUAUUUUAUAUACACGUUAUCUUUUACAUUUUCAAGAAAAGAUUGACAAACUUUUAUUUUAAGAUGUUAUAAAAAUAACUAAUGAAAUAUGUUAUGAUAUAGUUAAAAUGAAUAUAGAUUAGGCUCAAUUGGUAACUUGAAAUUAAAGAACCAUUUUCAAAAGCCAUAUGACACUUAAAGAUGUUGCUUGAUGCUUGAAAAUCAAUAACAUGAAUAGAAUCAAUGAGAAUUUAGAAUUUAUUAAUUUGAAAAAUUGUAUAACUGUAAUAACAACUUCAAUUUUCACCAAAAAAAACUCUUGAAAGGUGGAACAAAAUGACGACAAAAAUUCUUUGAAACAACUAUUCAAAGAGGCAAACUUGAGUGAAAAAUUAUAGAAAAAAUCUAUAUGACAAUGUUAUAGUAAUUAGACUUAAAAAAUAUAUUAAAAGUUCUGUUCUAUGAAAGCUUGAUAUUUAUGUACUAUAGUAAAAUACAGUUGAAAAUUUGAAUCAACGAAAGCACUAAAAAUCGUGGCUAAGUGUAUAUUAUUUUUGUGUUGAUUAAAGUGCAAAAUAGACUAUGAAUAAAUUGUAAUAUAAAAAAAAGAGCAAUGGCUAAAGACUAAAUGGUGUAUUUAUUCGAAGCAUUCACUAGGCUCACUCACCUAUUUUGAAAAUGUAAGCUUCAAUGACGAUUUUUAUGUAACAUUAAAUGGUAUCUUCAUCCAUUAUAAAUAAAAGUAUACCAAAAUGAUUAA